UUUGUGGACCUACUUUAAAUGUAUAGGCUACAUGCAUGUCGCCGACAGACUGUCAUUUCUGCACGUUUCAUCGCGUCGUCGUCGCCGCCUCUGAACUUGGGGAACAUUGACAAGUCUCCUCAAGCAUGUCCGGGCCAGACGGCCAUAGGGCCAUCGCGGCUUGUUGUUGGUUCAUUUUGGAUUCCGGAACUCUUCCUUUCCAACGCAUCAUCGAUAUGAACUUUAUUACCAGCAACCCUUGACGUCGUUGGACUCCCCUAUCUCUGAUGCCUAAUCCUAUUGAAUUCACCAGAUGACCACCUCAUUGACGCGAUAACUGGGCCACUGGCGUACGUCAGCAGCCAGCAGCUGCAGCCUACACAGGAACCUGAACCCCUUCGGUCGGAGUAACCAUCGCGACAGGUAUCAGAGGGCUUCCACCUAGCUCCUACUCUACGCUUGGGCAUGGUUUGAUGGGCGCUACUACUGUGUGUCAAGUUGUUGAAUAUGACUGGUGGAUAACUAUGGGAAUGUAUAGAAGUGGUCCACACUCCAUAACUCAAAGGGUCG